AUGCGUCUCUCCUGGGGACGAAUGGCCCUUGGCCUCGUCCUCGGCGCCCAGGCGAAUCGACUGCAAGUCCGCCAGACUUUGAUUGCCUCAACCACAAUAGCUCUCGCAACUUCACCAAGUCUAUCCCCGGCCCCCAGCAGCGCAGCCAAUACCACCCCCGCUAGCGUUUCCGAACCUGACAACACCCCUGACAACACCGUCUUCCUAACCGCCACCGUCACCAAGCAAGGCGAGGGCAGUACCGUAACUUCCUUCACCACGGUAACCGUCAGCACCAUCAUCACCGUCACGGUAACGACUACGGACAUUGCCACGACGACAGUUACCCGAAGUGGCCAGGAUACGGCUACCAAGGUGAUUUACGUCACCUCUACCCAGGUCAUCAACGCUAAGCGUGCCGUCAUUGAGGAGGAAGUAUUCUUCGCCCUCGGUCCCGCGCACGUCCCUGCCGAGCCCACGCCCGUCCGGGGAGUCGCAGAAUUUCAGGCCCAUCUUGACCCUGACAGAGUCCGUCAGGUUGAUAAGCGUGCAGUCGUUACGAAUUACGUCACUGUAACCUUGGGUCUCGACGGAGGUGUAAGCACAGCCGUGGCGACUGUGACCAAAGUCAUCAGGUCGACCACGAGCACCCUUCAGCGUACCACGUCGUACAUCACCACGACGGUGCAGGUCAAUGCCAAAACGACGCUGACUGUCACGAGCACCAUCAUCCUGAAAUUGACCAUGGUCUCUACCGGAGCCGUUGAAACCUCCACGGCUGCCCCAGCCAACACUGCCGGCUCUGGAAACAACAGUGGCGGCGGCGGCGGCAGCAGCGGCAGCGGCAGCGGCGGCGAUGGCGGACUGUCAACCGGAGCCCAGGCUGGCAUCGGAGUCGGGGUUUCCGUCGUCGGUCUCGCCAUCGUGGCCGGAAUCGUCUACCUUUGCAUGAGACGUCGUCGCGGUCCCAAGCCCGACCCUGAUGAUUUGCUGGGUCCUUCUUCGGAGGUUCCUGUCGGUGCUGGUACUGCAGGUUCUCGCCACUCUCGUCCCAUGUCCCAGGGACUGGCCUCUGCUCCCGGCUCUGUUCCUAACCGCAAUCCGAUGCUCCCCAACGUCCAUCUCGAGGGCUAUCGCGGAACAGCCAUGGGAGACGGCCGCGCCGGGUACGCCAAGCCAGACCCCUACGGCGCAGCAUACCCUCCCACGCGAAACGCAACCACCAACUCCAGAAUCAGCGCGCUGUCUGCCGGCGACCCGUUGCCACGACACCCUACACCUGACGCCGUCACCGCGCUGUCGACAACGGGUAGGCCCGACACGGCGGAACUGGGCAGCGAGGGGGCAGGCGCGAAAUGGCACAACUCGGAGGCUGCCGAGAUGGCCAGUGACAACCCAGCGGCUGCCAAAUGGCACAGCGACAACGCACACGAGAUUGACAGCCAACCCGUGAUGAGCCAUCAGAGCGGACCGGUAUAUGAGAUGGCUGUGGAGAGCUACAGAUGA